ACCCAACCGUCACCCUUAGAUCCCUCCCUCCGUCUUUAACCAAUACGCCUCAACUUCUAACUUAUACAUACAUCAUUUUAUAUACACCCCCACCAUCUACCAAACCAAAGCUUUUUCUUUCGAAUUCAAACCCUAAAAUCUCAAUAGAAGGUUCGAGAAUCAAUGGAAAUAGAUGCUAAAGUGACAGCAGCAGCAGGCUCGUCGUCACUGGCGCCGGGAUUCAGAUUCCACCCCACCGAUGAGGAGCUGGUGAGGUACUAUCUCAGGCGGAAGAUCUGUGGGAAGCCGUUCCGGUUCGAUGCGAUUUCCGAUAUCGAUAUUUACAAAGUCGAGCCGUGGGAUCUCCCAGGUAAAUCGAGGCUCAAGAGUAGAGACCUAGAGUGGUACUUCUUCAGUUAUCUUGAUAAGAAGUAUGGGAAUGGUGCAAGGACUAACAGAGCUACUGACGGAGGGUACUGGAAGACAACUGGGAAGGAUCGGGCUGUUUAUCAUAGGACUAAAGUUGUUGGUAUGAAGAAAACUUUAGUGUAUCACAGUGGCCGGGCUCCUCGUGGUGAGAGGACUAACUGGGUCAUGCAUGAAUAUAGACUCAUCGACGAGGAGUUGGAGAAAGCUGGAAUCCUCCAGGAUGCAUUUGUUCUCUGCAGGGUAUUUAGGAAGAGUGGUUCUGGACCUAAGAAUGGAGAGAAGUAUGGUGCACCAUUUGUUGAAGAAGAGUGGGAUGAUGACGAAUUGGUCAUGGUCCCAAAGGAUGAGUAUGCAGAUGAACACCAAAUUAGUGAUGAUGCCUAUUUGGAUGAAAAUGAUCUUGAGGAGAUUCUUAGUGCUGCUGAUCCUGUGUAUGAGUCACCUCUUCCCUUGAGUGUUAAUGGGGCUGCAAAUCAAGAAUCAAUGAACUUCAUUGACGAGCCAUUGGGGGCUGGCGAUGAAACCAAUUACCUGCAGGAACAGCCUGAUGGCACAACUUUGGGUGAUUUGCAGAGUGUUGAUGGAAGUAAUUACCAGCAACAGCCUGAUGGCACAACUUUAUUUAAUUUGCCAAUGCAAUCCAACAUGGAUACAAUAUCAGUUAAGCAUGAAUAUAUCGGUGAACCUAGCUAUACUGGUGCAUCAAGCAAUGCAGAGAAUCCUGCAGAUGUGGAUUACUUGCUUAAUGAACCACUUUUAGAUUCUAUGGAUAAUCCUCAAUACGUUGAUGGUUCAUUUAUUGAGACUGGUGAUCUUAAACCAUCUGUUGAGGCAGAUCCUUCUAGUUUUGAAAUGCUUGAUGAAUACCUUCAGUUCUUUGACUCUACUGAUGGCAACUUGGAUUAUUCCAGUUUUGACUUCCCAAAUAUUGAUUCUGCUGAUGGUGACUAUUUAAAUAUGGUGGAAACUGGGGAUCUUCCUACUGAACCAGCAUCAUUGCUCUCACAGGACUUGAUGCCCAAGGAUGCAAACGAAAAUAUUAAGCAAGAGACUGUGGAAGGAUCAGUUCUGCUUGGAGGGCAGAACCAUGACGAAAAUAUUAAGCAAGAGACUGUGGAAGGAUCACUUCUGCCAGAAGAGCAGAACAAUGAUGUUCCAUCUUCUUCAAAUGCAGCAGAAUCAGAUUUCCCCUAUCAAUUCAACAAGCAUGCCAGUCGAGUGUUGGGGAAUUAUCCUGCUCCUCCUGCAUUUGCGUCAGAAUUCCCCAGAAAGGAUGCAGCUCUACGUUUCAAUUCUGCUUCGCCAAGUUCAAUCCAUGUUACUGCGGGUAUAGUUCAGAUAAGAAACAUGAGUUUGAGAGGCACUGGCAUCAGUUGGUCAUAUGGCAAGGAUGGCCGUCUUAAUGUUGUCCUUUCUUUUGGCCUGUCGAGGGUUGAUGAUAUUACUGCAGAGUCGGAACCAGCCUCUAGCAUCAUCUCUAGCAAAGCUCAGUCAGCAGUACAUCGGGGUUGGUUUUACUUCAUGUGCAUGUGGGUUUUGUUUUUAACAAUGAGCUUCAAAAUUGGAUCCUAUAUCUGUGCCAAGUAAUGCUCAUUAAUUUCCCAUCAACUAAUCAGACCUGAUACAAGUGCUCAUAUUGCGAGUUCACAUAUUUUAGCUAGAACAUGUGGUGUCAUAAUUAUAUCGAAGCAUAAAACCAUGUGAUGGUGUCAACUGACUGCUUCUGUUCAAAUUAUGGAUUCUGCUGUGUAAGGUUUUAGUGUGCAAACUUUGCACCUUGCCGCCUAUUGAAUAUAGAUUUCACAUCUAUUAUUUCAUUUUAAUUUGUCUUGAUCA